AUGGGUCUUGUGAGAGGUGUCCCAGCUGAUUGGUCGAUGCAAGAAUUUGUCGAAACCCUGGAAAUUCCUGAAGGUAUUGGUAUAGUCCUCAAGGCCAGACGCCUAAACCGCAAGACAAACUCCGAUGGUCAAAUUAAUUGGAUUCCAACACAAACUGUUGUUUUAACCUUUCAGGGACAAACCCUUCCGGAGAGAAUAUUCUCCUGUCAUAGUUCCCUCCGCGUUGAAACGUACCAACUCCCAACAAUUCAAUGUCUCAACUGUUGUAGAUUUGGUCACGUAAAGUCACAAUGCCGUUCUAAGCCUAGGUGUUUUCGUUGUACUUUAGCCCAUCCUGGUGAUGAUUGUAAUAUCCCUGAAAUAGAGUCAUUAUGUUUAUUUUGUACUGCCUCGCACUAUGCGACCAACAAAGCUUGUCCUGAGCAUAAUCGACAAAAAAACAUAAAGAGUUGUAUGUCUCAGGAGAGCAUUUCUUAUCUCGAAGCAUCGGCUCGGUUCAGACCUAUCAGUGGCAAAACUUUCGCAGACUCUGUUAAAACAACGCCCUCCCCUUCAUUCAAUGUAUCCCAGCCCAUUAUUAUACCUUCCCAAGUUUCCCGUCAGACAACAUCAUACAGGAAAACGGUAUUUCUCCCUCCUCGCUCUAGGCCAACAUCAGGAAAAUCCUUUGAUAAGGCGGCCCAUGAGGCCAUUACUUCCAAUUUUCCCUCCUCUUUACCCAAUGGUUGUGCCGUAAGCUCCCCAACCCUUAUCAACAAUGAAGUCUCCCCAAAUGAAAAUCUUCUUGACUGCUUAUGGGCAGUCAUUUGUAACAUGCUAUCUAAAUAUGAUGACAUCCCCAUACCUAUUCGCAGUAAAAAAUCCGAAUUAACCUUUCUCAUCAAUAAAUUCGCUCCAUCUAUUCUAGCCAUUUCGGAGACUUGGUUAUUGCCGGGUUCCCGCUUUAGGGUUUCUGGGUAUCGAUGUCUCCGAGAUGACAGGGAUGAUGGCUAUGCUGGCUGUGCCUUUUUGGUCAGCCGAUCCCUCACCUUCCACUCAUUAUCUCUUCCUCAUUGUGAUGGUAUUAAUGCUGUUGCUAUGAGAGCUUUUAAUAUCUCGUUUAUUUCUGUUUAUAUUCCCCACCCCCAUAUCGACCUCAUUUCUGAUAUACGUUCUAUUAUCCUUUCGGUUCCUCCUCCUGUUGUCAUGUUGGGUGAUUUCAAUGCCCACCAUGUUUCUUGGGGUUGUCAUUCCUCAGAUUCUUUUGGGUCCCUUCUACUAGAUUUACUCGAUGAUAUAAACAUAAGUGUCUUGAAUAAUGGUUGUCCUACGAGAAGGAGUCUUCCAUCUCAGAAUCCCGCUAACGCAGUGGAUUUAUCACUUUGUUCUCCUGAUCUUUCCCUUUUCUAUCCUGGCGUGUUUUUAAGAGCACUUGUGGGAGUGACCACUUCCCCAUUUUAA